AGAAGAAAAGGAAACUGUAAAUGCAUAAAUGCAAGCAAUGUUGAAGAUGUGGAGACCCUAUAAAGCUUAAAUGCUUUGUUUUCUGUAAAAAAAAAAUGUUUUGUUUUCAAUCUCGUGGAGGGAGGGAUAGAAGAUGAACCCACAACUCUGAAAGUGACGUUAGAAACGAGAAAGUUUCCAUUAUUCACAGUUUUGAAAACUCAAACAAAACAGUGGAAGAAGGAGUCCCACACAUCCAAGCAUUAACCAACCAAAAAAAUAAAAAUCAACACUUUGGGUUUUCUUUUUGGUCUCUCUGCAGAAUCUCAUUCCAAUUGGCGUUCAUCCUCUAAAGGAAAGGUGGUGUUUGGAAUCUGGGAAAAUGGGUUUGAUUUCUGGGAUUUUUAUGGGCGUGUUAUUUGGCAUCGCAUUGAUGGCUGGAUGGGCGCGCAUGAUGAGGUACCGAAGUGCCAAGCGAAUUUCAAAGGCAGCUGACAUUAAACUCCUUGCAUCCCUUAACAGAGAUGAUUUAAAGAAAAUUUGUGGUGAUAAUUUGCCUGAGUGGAUAUCUUUUCCUGUAUAUGAGCAGGUGAAAUGGCUAAACAAGGAACUGACCAAACUUUGGCCAUUUGUGGCAGAAGCAGCAACUUUGGUGAUCAGAGAAUCUGUUGAACCACUACUAGAAGAGUACAGACCUCCUGGCAUUACUUCAUUGAAGUUCAGCAAGCUGUCACUUGGAAAUGUGGCCCCAAAAAUUGAAGGUAUUCGUGUUCAGAGCCUUACCAAAGGUCAAAUCAUAAUGGAUAUUGAUUUCCGUUGGGGUGGUGAUCCUAGUAUUAUUUUGGCUGUUGAAGCUGCACUUGUUGCAUCAAUCCCUAUUCAGCUGAAAGAUCUUCAGGUUUUCACCAUCGUCCGUGUUAUAUUCCAACUUGCUGAAGAGAUCCCUUGCAUUUCUGCUGUUGUUGUAGCUCUGCUAGCUGAGCCAAAGCCCAGAAUUGAUUAUACUCUGAAAGCUGUUGGCGGAAGUUUAACGGCUAUUCCAGGAAUUUCAGAUAUGAUUGAUGAUACUGUGGACUCAAUUGUUACUGACAUGCUCCAAUGGCCUCAUAGAAUUGUGGUUCCACUUGGUGGUAUUCCUGUUGAUAUCAGUGAACUGGAGCUUAAACCUCAGGGAAAACUUGCAGUGACUGUAGUGAAAGCGACUGGUUUAAAGAAUAUGGAAAUGAUUGGAAAGUCAGAUCCUUAUGUAGUCGUGCAUAUUCGACCAUUAUUUAAGUAUAAAACCAAGGUUGUUGAUAACAACUUGAAUCCUACUUGGGAUGAGACAUUUCAGUUGAUUGCAGAAGACAAAGAGACCCAAUCACUCAUUCUCGAGGUUUUUGAUAAAGACAUUGGGCAAGAUAAGCGAUUGGGAAUAGCAAAGUUACCCCUUAUUGAUCUAGAAACACAAACUGAAAAGGAGAUUGAAUUGAGGCUGCUGCCAUCACUUGAUACACUGAAGGUGAAAGAUAAGAAGGAUCGAGGAACCUUGACAGUAAAGGUCUUUUACUAUCAGUUUAACAAGGAAGAGCAGCUGGAAGCACUAGAAGCAGAAAAAAAGAUACUAGAAGAAAGAAAGAGACUGAAAGAAGCAGGAAUCAUAGGAAGCACAAGGGAUGCACUAGAUGGAGCAGUAUCAGUGGUAGGGUCUGGUGUUGGACUAGUUGGUACUGGCGUUGUUGCCGGUGCCGGCCUUGUGGGAAGUGGAAUUGGUGCCGGAGCCGGGCUUGUUGGCAGUGGCAUCGGUGCUGGAGCUGGGCUUGUUGGCAGUGGUCUUGGAGCCUUUAGUAGUGGAUUGAGCAAGGCAGGGAAGUUCAUGGGAAGGACAAUCACAGGUCAUAGUGGAUCCAAAAAGAGUGGUUCUUCAACUCCAGUCAAUAAUGCACAGGAGAAUGGUGGUGGUGCAAAGCCUCUUUGAUUCCUACCUUUGUAUUCGUAAAAGUAAUGAAUGGAUCUUUGCAGGUUCAAGCUUUGAUGAUAGAUAGAUUACCUGUGUAUUAAUCUACUAGAUUGCCAAAAUGAUAGCAGAAAUGUGAAUUUAGUUAAGUUGCAUUAUCUUUAUCUGUAAUUAUGUUUGACCUGAAUUUGCAAUAAAAAUCGACAAAUUGUAAACAUUCCUUAUUUAGUUCAGUUGCAUGAUGCAACAAUGCAACUUGUAUCAUCCUUAUUUGUGAU